CAGGACCAAUGGAGCAGCAACCAGAGGGGGUGUGAACACCAGAAACACUGCCCCAAAACCAUGGGCAGUAAAUGCUGUAAGUCUGGUCCAGAUAAGGAUGCACUAGAGAAAGAGAAACUGAAGGAUGAAAUCAUUAAGAAGGAUCCAGAUGAAACCACAGUGCUGAAAGAAAAAGAGAAGAAAGAGAAAGGGAAAGGGAAAGAGAAAGAGAAAAAGAAAGAAGAGCCUCUACUUCCAACUCCACCCCCUCCACCAAAGAAAACGAAGCGCCCUGACCAAGAGCAGAAAGCCAUAAAGAUCCAGGCAUGGUGGCGGGGUACUCUGGUGCGCAGGACCUUGCUACACGCAGCACUCAGAGCAUGUAUCAUUCAGCACUGGUGGAAGGUGACGCUGGCAAAGCUGCUGGAGGACAGACGGCGAGGGACCCUAGAGUUUUAUGCACAGCAAGAAUGGGCAGUGGUCAAGCUGCAGUCCUUGGUCCGCAUGUGGCGCAUACGCCUUCGUUACUGGAAUUUGCUCCAUGCUGUCCGCAUCAUCCAGAUCUAUUGGCGCUGGCAUAAUUGCCAUUCCCGUGGCUUUUUCCAUGGCAACUACGACCUCACAGCAACCCAUCUGGGACUUGAACUUGAGAUCUCUCUGGGGUCACAGAUGUGUCAGAUUACAGACAGCAUCCCCUUCCCAAUAAAGAACUAACUG